UAUGGCGUCCUUCAGGAGAAUUCAACUGUUUUCAACUCCGUGGAUAGCUUGUCGUCAUCGUUCGAAACCUAAUAUUCAAAAACCAAAAACACCGCAUGAGCAAAGACGUAUAUUUGAAGCGAUUACGGCUCCAAUCCUUCAAGAAGAUAUACUUGACCCGAAAAGACUCUGCUUUAACGUUACAAAAGUCGUCAGAGAAUCUGAAGAAAACUUGUAUGAAAAUUUUCUUAUCCAAGACUGUAGAAAGCGAUUUGAAUCUGCAAAAGUUCUCUUGGUAUUUCAAAGUAAUUCUCUCUCCAAAAAUGACCUUAAGGAAAUUAGGAAUACAAUGAUAAGUAAAUGUGGAAAAGUCGAACUAAAAGAAUGGGAUAAUGAAAUUUUAAGAUCGGCCCUGGCUGAGAGUAAAUUUGCUGCCCUAACACCAUUAUGCUUCAGCCGAAAUGUAUUUGUUUUUCCUGAGAAUGAGUCCCAAUUGAGUGAUAUUAUAAAAGUUACGAAAACAUUAUUUACUAUUCAUCUAUUGGGUGGAGUUAUCAACGAUACAAUUUAUACUAAAGCCGGUAUUGUCGAUUAUUCUCAAUUACCAACCAUAGAUAUAAUGAGAGCACAACUGCUACAAACCCUUAAUAAACUUCAGGGACAAACAAUAUCGAAUUUACAGUACCAUGUUUCCGGAAUUUCUAGCAGUUUGAAACAUUUAAGUGAAAGAGAAGAUAAUAAAUGA